AUGAACAGCAAUAGAGAAGUCAAGAUUCUCCAAGCAUCUAUCUAUCUCUAUCUCUCUUUUAUAUAUACUGCUUUUCACAAUUUUUUCAUUUUUCUUUAUUUUUCAAUUUUUUUAAAUAUUUUCUUUCCAUUCCUUUUUCUUGAAUUUCUUCUUUCAUUUCAUUUUUUUUUUCUUUAUUUUAAUAUCCCUUUUCUUUACUUUAAAUUAGUUUAUUUUUCUGAGUGUCUUCUUUCUUUUUCUUCCUUUCAUUAUUUUUACUUUUAUACUAUCCUUCUUUUUUCUAUUAUUCAUUUUUUGGAUAUUCUUUUAUUUUCUUCCAUUUUUUUUCUAUCCUUCAUUUUUUGUAUUUUCUUUUAUUAUCUAGUUUGCUUUUUUUUUCUUACAAUUUUUUUAUUGUAUACAUUUUUUUAUCAUUCAUUUUUGUCUAUUCUUUUUUUUUCUUUCUUUUUUAUUCUUCAAUUUUGUAUAUUCCCUUAUCUUUCUUCCUUAAUUUUUUCACAUAAUUCAGUUAUUGUACACAUUUUAUAUUCCAUCUUUCUUAUUCAUUUCUGUCCAUUCUUUUUUCUUUCAUUUUCAUCAUUCAUUUUCUGUCUCUUCUUUUCUUUCAUUCUUAUCUUUCUUUCAUUUCUUUAUUAUUCAUUUUUGUACAUUUUCAUUUCUUUCUUUUUUAUUUUUAUUUUAUUUAUUUAUCAUUCAUUUUUGUACAUUUUAUUUUCUUUCUUUUUAUUUUUCUUUCAUUUUUUUAUCAUUCAUCUUUGUAUAUUUUCUUUUCUUUCUUUCUUUUUAUUUUUCUUUCAUUUUUUUAUCAUUCAUUUUUGUAUAUUUUCUUUUCUUUCUUUCUUUUUAUUUUUCUUUCAUCUUUUUUAUCAUUCAUUUUUGUACAUUUUAUUUUCUUUCUUUCUUUUUAUUUUCUUUUUUUCUUUUUUUAUCAUUUUUUUUUGUACAUUUUUAUUUUCUUUCUUUUUUUUUUUUUUUCUUUCAUUUUUUAUCAUUCAUUUUUGUAUAUUUUCUUUUCUUUCUUUCUUUUUAUUUUUCUUUCAUCUUUUUUAUCAUUAA